ACAGGUAGAAGGAAGAUAGUCCAAGGGGACAGUAGCAUAGUGAGGAACAUGAUUCUUCCUUUCUAAAAGAGGAGGAGUUCAGAAAGGGAGGAUGGAAUAAAUAAGAAGGAGUUCCCUUGAGAUGUUGAAUCUCUCCAAGCGCAGGAGUCCCGGAUUUUUAUAGCUCUUUUCUCACAGCUGCAGCACCACCUCCACCCCCAGCCGUAGCAUAACCCUUGGAAUCACCUAUUCCUCGUCUCGUCUCGCACCCGCAAACGGUCGGCCGUAGACAUGCCUGCUAUCCCUUGCAGGACUCCAGAAAUGGUAUCCAGGAAGCUCCAGGUCUGCGCACAUGGAUAUCGACGACGUCAAAGCAAGCUAAGCGCCAAGCUUCCUUCCAUCCAAUCACAAGCCUCUCCCAGCCUUUCUAAUGAAGCCGAAUCCCUCGUCCGAGCGACGAUGGCGACCGCAACAACAUCAACCCCGCGUUCCAGGGACGCUGUCCGAGUUUCCCCCGCAGACUGGAGACGAUCACGGUGUGGGAAUGGGUCUUCAGCGGGGAUAACCAUGGCCGUGUGGGUCUCGUCUAUGUGCUGGGUGAGAAUCUCAGAAUUUUACCAUAUGUCCCGACUUCGUCUCCCGGACGCCGGAUGCUGGAGGGCGGAAAGCUAUGACGGAAUGGAUUCCGAGGGUUGCCCACAGCAGAUGCACUUCGCAUCUUGGAAGUUGAAUCAAACUCACAUGCUGCAUUUGGUCUUAGUUGAAAGAACGAUGCUCUCUUCAACGUAGUGAUCAUGGUAUAGUACUCAAGCAAGAGGAACUUCUACUGACUCCGGGAAUCCGAGCGUCUACUACCAUCAAACUCGUCAAACAAGUAAUAG